GAUUUCGAAUGAAUGACGUGGUUGGGUGUGGAGAGAUAGGCGAGAGAGAGCAGAAGAGUUUGUCAUUGAGUGGAGUGAAGCACGAGAGAUUGGUUGUCUUUAAAAAUUAGAGUUUAUGAUCCCCAUUCACGUGCUGAGUGUACUUGAAAGUGAUAAGAGAACAAUCAACGCAACAUAUUGAUCAAAUUGCAGGAAAGUGCAUCAUUGCAAAAAUGAGGGAUAUUCCGGAAAAAGCAAACGCAGUAUUUACCAAUGGGCUUAGCGCCUUCGUCAUGGAUUCACUCCAUAAAUCAGUGGAAGAUCACCAAUUCACAACAAUGGACGCGUGCUUCACUGCUUUCGAUAAGGACGGAGACGACCGACUGUCCUUAUCGGAGUUCACCCUAAUAUGUCGAGCCCUCUUCAGGAAUGAUAAGGGUCACAUUUAUGUUGUCCCACCGGAUUGGCUGGAGCACAUGUUUGCGGUCUUUGACAAAAAUGCUGACGGCUUCAUAGAUCGGGAUGAAUUUCAAUUUUGCUGGAAUAAUUGGAUAAAGACGAUUGUACGACCGACAAAUGCCUUCCUCAUUGUUGAUGUGCAAAAUGAUUUUAUCAGUGGCUCCCUAAAUAUAAGCAAUUGCAGUGCGCAACAAAAUGGCCUUGAGGUUCUAGCUCCUAUUAAUAAGUUGCUGGAAAGUGUGGAUUUUGAUACGGUAUUUUAUUCACUGGAUUGGCACCCAAGCGACCACGUGUCGUUCAUUGAUAAUGUGAAGAAGCGCCCCUUGCACCACUCAAGCCCCGUUGAUGCUGACAAUGCUCAAGUGUAUGACACGGUAAUUUUUGCUGGACCACCGCCAAUGAAGCAGCGACUCUGGCCAAGGCACUGUGUUCAGGAUUCAUGGGGUGCGGAAUUGCACAAAGAUCUAAAGGUCGUUGAGAAUGGCAUUAAGGUCUACAAAGGCACCAAUCCCGAUGUUGAUUCCUACUCUGUGUUCUGGGAUAACAAGAAGCUUUCCGAUACAACACUAUGUUCCCAGCUGAAAACAAGGGGGAUCACUGACAUUUACGUCUGUGGUUUGGCUUUUGAUGUUUGCGUUGGUGCAACUGCAGCUGAUGCCCUUUCGGCAGGCUACAGAACAAUCCUCAUUGAGGAUUGCUGUCGAGGUGUUGAUCUCAAAGAUAUUGAAUGUACCCGAGAAACAGUUGUGACCAAUAAUGGUGUCAUAGUACAAUCACGAGAGGUGAAAGCAAUGGUGGAAGGUCGUGAUCGUCGACCCGAAUUGGGAUAUAAAUUGGCGAUGGAAUUGAAGAAUGGCGAGUCAGUUUUGGCACAACGCAGUGGGGUACGACGACCUAUAUAAAUAAUUCAGCACUAUAAUGCGGCCUUCUUUUACCAGCAAACGUGAGGACAACUUAAGUAAAUUGAGAAAGUGCAUUAAAUUAAUAUAUAUACUAAAUGGGGAAUAUUAUUUGAAGCACACACAGAGAGCACAAAUUUAUCCUUUCAGAAAUCACUCUACAAACUUGUACUUAAAUUGAUGUGUAUUGCCUUAAAAGAAACAUAGCAAAAUACGAGCAGGAUCAUUCACGAAUAUAUUUAACAGAGACAUUCCUUAUUGGAACACUUAAAUAGGUUGUAUUUUAUCAAUUUAAGUAUAUAUUUUACAAUUAAUAUUAAACAAAAAGAAGUGACACAAAAUGUUAUAUAAAUUCAGGUUCUUUAAUGAGCAAAUGCUCCGUCCUGAUUAUUGUACAAAAUAUAUCAUAGUUAUAUCAGGAACGUUUAUAUUCCUAAAUGAGGAUUUAAUUAUCACAAAAAGCAGCAUAAACUUCCGUAGAAAAGUGCAUAUUUUUGGAAAAUUAAUUUCACAUAUUCCGUGCUAUCUACCUACGAAAAAAAACCUCCCUCUAGUGUAGAAAUUUCAUUUUGGUGUUGAUGCUUUUGUGAUUGAAUUGGAUGGCGUUGAUUUCCCAGAGGAAGCUCUCGCUUGUUUUCAAUCAAAUUAUUAUUCAGUUAUUUCUGCAAUUUCUCUGUAAAUCAAAAUAAAUUCUCUUUGGUUUGGAAUCAAUUUAUUUUAUAACACUUCAUAAUAUAUUUUUUGAGUACACUGGGUAUCAAUAUUUUAGAGAUAAAAAGAAAUAUUAAUUAAAAUGUGGAAAAAGAGAGAAAAAAUGGUGAAGUUGUUGACAUUGUGCUUAAUGAAUUCUACUGAAUAUGUUUUUAGCAUAAUUUUGAAUUUGGAGAGUACCUAUAUUUUAUUAUUUUAUUUACUUAUGCUGAUUUUACGCUGAUGAAAAUAAUGAAUUUCUAAGAAGAAAUGAAAGUCGAAUAUUUAAAAAAAAAUGAAGGAAUUAAAUGCUUUCAUUCUUCAAAGCUUAUCUUAAUGUUUCCUGAUAAACUCAUCUUUGAUCUGGUAAAACAUUUGACAUAUUUUAUGUCCAUUUACCUUAAGUAGAUGUCACUAUGUUGGAUGUUUCAAAAAACAAAUCUUGUGCGAUUAUUUGAAAUGAAUCUAUGAGCACACGUCUAAAACGAUAGUUUUGUAGUAAUUUAUCAGAGUGCGAAUUUAGUGCAGAUUAAAAUGUAGAAUAUAUAGAGAGCUACAUAAUGCUGUCAAAAUGAGAAGAACUAACGUAUGAUAUAUUUAUAAGUAGAUUAAAAUCCAUGGAAACAUGCAAAAUUGACACAGAGUUAGACUGAAAAAAAAAUAGUUGUUCCAACAUUAGAUUAUAAAUUAGGGCAGUAAAAUAUUCAAUUAAAUAGCAUAAAAAAUCAUAAAGGACUGUAGAGCUCAUUUGUUAAUUUACUGACACUGAAAGAAAUACUUAAAUAAUGCUCUAAUCAUGAUCAAUUUUAAAUGCUGUAUUUUUUUGCUGUGUAGCGUAAUAAAGGAUGUUUAUUUCUUAUGAAAGUUA